GCAGCCACACACUUCCAGUGGAUAAAGGGCCAUAGCGGCCACCCAGGCAACGAGGCUGCUGAUGCCCUUGCCAAGGAAGGUGCCCGAAAGGACAUCCCUGACAAUAUUGACAUUACCGUCCCUGACAAAUUUUGUCUCGAAGGAGCAAAACUAUCAGAACUCACCCAGUCAAUCGCCUACAAGGGCAUCCGUAACCUAAAGAAAAAUAAGGUCAAACGUCGUCGCGCAGCGACUGUGAAUAUCGACCGAGUACGCUAUGGUAUUCACGAAAUCACCCACCAGCUUGAAACAGAUAGCCAGAUCUGGCAAUCGUGGCGCAAUCGUAACCUGAGGCCCGAAAUCCGUCAAUACCUGCAUAAAGCUUUCCAUGGCACACAGAAAAUUGGGGAUUACUGGGAUCCAAUUCCCAACUACGGCCACCGAGCUGUAUGUCCCUAUUGUGGUGACACGACCGAAACGAUGGAACACAUCUGGCUGGAAUGUGACGCACCUGAACGCCGAAUCAUUUGGCAUCUCGCGGCAUCCCUGUGGCCCGAACAGAACGGCCCAUGGCCAAACCUCGCCUUUGGCGCUAUCCUGGGCUGUGGUAAACUAUCCAUUCCCACAUCGAAUGCCCCUAACGCUGAACAGAACCCUGGGGCAGAGCAAGGUGAUGGACCUGGUAGGAAGCACACGGCCGCUGGGAUGUCCCGCCUCCUCCAAAUCCUUGUCUCGGAGUCAGCACACCUAAUCUGGGCGCUUCGUUGUCUACGAGUCAUCCAGGAAAAAACACUAUCCCCUCGAGCCAUCUGCGCAAGAUGGAUGAACAACAUAAAUAAAUGA